AUGGAUGGAAUUCCAUGGGAUCAGGUCAAGGCCGGGGAUCUGGAUGCCUUGCAGGUCGUUCUCCUCUCGAGUUCGACCUCGCGCAGGCUCCGGGCCCUGCAAGAACUCCGCGACAAGAAUGGGUCUGAAAUAUCACCAGAAAUCCAUCACGAUAUACUAGACUUGCUCUUCCGUACCUAUCCUCUCUAUGUCGAUCGAUCCUCCCGACAGGCUGUCCAACAAUGCCUCCGCUCUCUCCUCCGCGGCCCCAAUGCGACCGAAGAGUUAAAAUUCCUUACGCAAAAAUUGCAAAUCGAGGCAUCUAGACCAGGUUUGGCUUCCUCGUUUGCAUUUGUUCUGUUGGAAUGGUGCUGUAUUUUGUUGCAGCAGGCCAGCGAGGACCAGAACACACCGUUGGCCACUGUGCUAGACCUGAUUGCGGUUGAUGCCAAGGCCCUGGAGAAUUGUCUUUCUCACAAUCCUAAGCCUGCGUUAAAGCAGUCAGCUCUUCGAGUGACAAGACGUGCUUUGCGCGCUGUAUUUUCGUCUGAGGCAUGGGGUGCUGAUGCAGUGCGGCAGUCUGUCAGCCGACUGACCACGGACUCUACCGCAGCGUACAGAAAUGUGCCUCUUCUCGGUGUCGUAUGUGGAGUCUGUGCGCGACUAGCAGACAAGAAGCCAAUUCUUGAAGAGUCGAAGAAAGAGAUUUUAGCUUUCUACAUCAAGGAAGUCGUGAGCUCAAAAUCUGUUGUGCCUGCACAUGUCGCCAAUGGCAUGUCUGACUUCUUUACUUCCUUCGUAACAUAUGAAGAUGUUGCCACUGAAUUGGUACCUCCCAUGGAAAAGUCCAUACUACGAGCACCGGAGGUGGUUCUCAACGGCGUGAUUCCUCCUCUCUGUGUCGCUCUGCCAGAAGAUAUUGAUAUCUCGGAAUUGGUGCAAACACGCCUUUCCAAGCAUCUUUUAACUAGCAUGAAGUCAAAUAACCCAUCAAUCCGCCAAGGGGCAUCUGACUCUUUUGCAUCCUUGCUCUCUCGAUGCAGAACCGGUCCCUUGGUCUUAAAGAUCACCAGUGAAAUCAUUGGUCCUCUGAAAACGCAGAAGAUUACUACUCCUGAGCACCGCAUGGCUUACGCCCAGGCAAUUGGGGCUAUUUCGCCUUCGGUGGAUGUCUCAAAAGAGGUUGUUCAAGGAUUCUGCCCUGUGUUUUCACGGGAGUCGAACGAAGCUGCCCUGGAAGAGGAGAUCAAAUCCUUUAGCAAACACCUUACUUACCUUGUUCAAUCUAAGCUCAAGGUUAGCGAUGAUGUUAUCAGCACUAUCGUCAAGGGUGUAUCAGAUAAGCGAAUUCCUUUCCGAAAGAUCUGGCAAGCAAGUGUGGGAGAAGUCCUAUGGAAGUCUGAUCUCGAGGUUUUGAAGACCCCUGAAAUUGAACCACUUGUCACCAAGUUCCUCGCUAAAAUGAAGGAUUUGUUUGGUGAGGUUGCCUCCAACCCGCUUCCCUCGGCCCAAAGCGGUGCUUUGUCUUCCGCUUAUCUCUUUCUGGCUCUGUUCCACCGAUUGUCCGAUAUUCAAGAGUCUGCCAGCUCCGCUUGGGAGGAAAACGUAAUCCAAUCGAUGACAUUGAGCCCCAAGCCUUCUUUCCUCCUCAACCCGAAGGCAUACUCAAAGUUGAGUUCCAAGGAAGAGGUCCAGUGGCUUAUCAGGGCUCUGGCUGCUGUGGCCUCCGGGUCUAAGUUUGCUAGCUCUGAAGAUGCGUCCAAAACAGCUUGGGCUCAGACCUUUAUCUACGCGAUCACCGGGCCUGCUAUUCCCUCAAAUAUUCGCGAGAAAUCCGCGGAAACAUUAUCCCGGGUCUAUCAGACGGAUGUGGCCUCUUUUGGGCGCAUCGUCCUAAAUGCACUGUGGGCAUGGAUCUUUUCAUUCCGGACCGCAGAGAAGGAAUCAGCAGCCGUUUCUGCUGGACCGGAGAGCGAACGCCUGCUUCAUAUGGUCUUGAAGGCUCUCUGCCCAACCAAGGCUGUCAUAGAAGGCUCCGGAAUUUCCUCUUCUGAUUUGGAAGUCUUGCUCAUCGAAAUGCUGAUUCUAAGUCGGCCUGAGUUGAUUCCGAAUACCUCCUGGAUUGAUUUGUGCUUGAGGACCGGCACGGACCCUGGAAAUCUCGUGCGCGCACACCCUGAUGCUUGCAUCGAGCAGUUAGUUCACGUGAACGCAGACCCCGUGCAGUCAGCGGUACCGGGUGUUAACCUCGCUGUCUGGACCGCUGGGGCUGAAUUGGCGUUUGUUGCCCCCGAUGCAAUGAUCCCGCGUUUGGUCGAUCAAAUUAAAUAUGAUCUGGACGGCACCCGCCUAUCUAAGUUCACUGCCACUGAUGCCGCCAUUUCACGCACCCCCGAAGGAACCGCUUUUAUCGAUGUGCUCAGCAGCAAGUCGAAGCAGCCUGCCUUUGAUAAGAACACUAAGGACUAUGAUACCCUGAAGUGGGAAGAAGAACUUCGUGCGCAAUUAGCCGAAAAGAAGGGCCAAAACCAAAAGAAACUCACGCCUGAGGAAAAUUCCAAGGUCAAGGCCCAGCUUGCCAAGGAGGCCAAGAUUCGUCAAGAUGUUUUGGAAGAAGUCAAGCGGAUCGAAAGAGGAGCGGGCAUUAUCCGAGGUCUCGCAACGGGUCCAGCCAACGACGUCGAGGGGUGGAUCAACGCUGCCGUCAGUUCUUUGCUGUCGCUUGCGCAGGCUGGUGCGGGUUUAUUUGUCGGUGAUGUUGUCUCCCGAGCAUUCAUCACUUGCGCCGAUGAGGUGUCCACCCGCCUCGGUCCUCUGCGUUCUUUCGUUGGUAUUGCAACUCUGCGGGCCAUCGGUAACACCAACCUUCCCUCUGAUAUGGAAUUGGAGCCCCUCGGUGAACUCGUGACCAGAAUUCUCUACCGAUUACGUUUUGCUUCUGAGCAGCGUCCUUUCGAUACCACCUCUCUCGCCUACGUGCUUCCGCUUAUCUCUCUGAUUUUGUCCCAGAAUGGCAUCGAAGAAGCGAAGGGAGAAGAAGAAGGCACGCAAGUUCUCCUUGCUCUUGAGUUCCUGUCAGCUCACUCUGGCUCUUUCACCGACACCCGUCUUCCUCGCGUCGAGGUUCUAGCUCAGCUUCUCUCCGCCAUGCAGAAAUACACCCAGCACUACAAGCUGGUCAAGGAUACCUUAUUCGACUUCUGCCGAUGCAUCUCGCCGAAUAUCAGCAGCGAAGAGCUGGAUACGCUCUUGCAAGGAACAAUCGUCGCUGAUGCCUCUGUCCGAACAACUGUGCUUCAGGUCAUUGAGGCCGAGAUUGAUUUGACUGACCUCGAUUUCUCAGAGCACAUCUGGCUUGCCUGCCACGACCUGGUGGAGGAGAACGCCGAGAUUGCCGACACAAUCUGGGAAGACAAUGCGCUAGAGGUGGAUGACACCUCGUUCAGCAAGAUCAUGAAAUACUUGGACUCCAAGGACUAUCAGCUUAGAGGCGCUGCCGCUCGCGCUUUGGCACAUGCCAUUGAGUUUGAUAAGAGCAAAUUUGCGGGCAUUCUGUCCGAACUGCAAUCCAAAUACGUGGAAGAAAUAAAACCUAAAGCACCCGAAAAGGACGCCUACGGAAUGCCCAAGAAAGUAGACAAUGCAGACCACUGGGAGGCUCGCAGUGGUAUUGCGCUGGCUUUCAAUGCCAUGACCAAUGGAUUCGAUGGUGACGAGAGUGUCUCAUUUUUGCGAUUCCUGAUUGAGAAGGGUCCCUUGCUAGAUGGAAACUCCCGGGUCCGUGGCCAGAUGACAGAGAGUGGUAAAUCUAUUAUCAUUUUGCGAGGAGAGUCAAAGGUUGAGGAGAUGAUGAAUUUGCUCCAAACAACCCUGGAAACCUCGGAUAAAGACACGAAGACUUCUGACCUGCUGAACGAGGCUGUCAUCGUCUUAUAUGGAUCUGUGGCCACACAUCUCAAGGCGGAUGAUCCUCGCCUGCAGACAGUUAUCAGUGAACUGCUUGUGGCCCUCGAUACCCCUUCGGAGUCUGUGCAGCACGCCGUGUCUGAGUGUCUGCCCCCCUUGAUCAGAUCGUCUGGUUCCAAGACGGCAGAGUAUGUGGAAAACCUAAUCUACCGGCUCUUCAAUGCCCCUGACUAUCCUCGCCAACGCGGUGCUGCUUACGGUCUUGCUGCAGUCGUGUGUGGCAGGGGUAUCGCAACCUUGCGGGAGUACCGAAUCAUGACCCAGCUCAAGGAGGCCGCCGAAAACAAAAGAGAAAAGGAUCACCGACGAGGCGCUUUGUUAGCUUAUGAGCUCUUCGCCCUAGUUCUGGGGCGGACAUUUGAGCCUUAUGUGAUCCAUCUCGUACCGCAGCUUCUGGGAGGAUUUGGUGAUACCAGCAUUAGCGUCCGCGAUACUUGUUUGGAGGCUUCGAGGGCUUGCUUCCAGAACCUCAGCUCUUACGGUGUUAAGGAGAUUCUUCCUACCCUGCUCGACGGCUUGGAUGAUACGCAAUGGCGUAGUCAGAAGGGUGCUUGCGAUCUACUUGGAGCCAUGGCCUACCUGGACCCACAACAGCUUGCAGCUAGUUUACCUGAUAUCAUUCCCCCUUUGACAAUUGUGCUCAAUGACACCCACAAGGAAGUCCGUAGCGCAGCGAAUCGCAGUCUUCAGCGCUUCGGCGAGGUUAUCAGCAACCCCGAAGUAAAGAGCUUGGUUGGCGUGCUUCUGAAGGCUUUGAGCGAUCCAACGAAGCACACAGAUGAGGCGCUAGAUUCCUUGAUCAAGGUUUCUUUUGCGCACUACCUCGAUGCUCCCUCCCUGGCCCUUGUUGUGCGCAUUCUCGAGCGUGGUCUUAGUGACCGAUCUAACACUAAGCGAAAGUCAGCACAGAUUAUUGGUAGCUUGGCCCAUCUCACAGAGCGCAAGGAUCUUAUCUCGCACUUGCCUAUCAUUGUGGCUGGUCUCAACUUGGCCAUUGUCGAUCCAGUUCCCACAACCCGUGCUACUGCUUCCAAGGCCCUUGGUUCACUCAUCGAGAAACUCGGAGAAGACGCUCUGCCAGAUCUCAUUCCUAACCUUAUGGCUACUCUCAAAUCCGAUACUGGUGCUGGUGAUAGACUCGGGUCUGCUCAAGCUCUUUCGGAGGUCCUUGCAGGCCUCGGUACGACCAGGCUCGAGGAGACAUUGCCAACUAUUCUCCAAAACGUUUCCAGUGCCAAGCCUGCUGUUCGUGAAGGCUUCAUGACUCUCUUCAUCUUCUUGCCUGCUUGCUUCGGUAACAGCUUCGCCAACUACCUCAGCAAGAUCAUCCCCCCUAUUCUUGCUGGUCUGGCUGAUGAUAUUGAGGCUAUCCGCGAGACCGCUCUCCGGGCUGGUCGUCUGCUUGUCAAGAACUUCGCUCACAAGGCCAUCGAUCUCUUGCUUCCCGAGCUGGAGCGUGGUCUUGCGGACGACAGCUACCGCAUCCGUUUGAGUUCCGUCGAGCUCGUCGGCGAUCUGCUCUUCAGUCUUACCGGUAUCUCUGGCAAGAUUGAGGGUGAUGAAGAAGAGGAGGAAGCCACUCAAGCUGGCCAAUCCUUGUUAGAGGUUCUCGGAGCCGAGCGCAGAGACAAGGUUCUUUCGGCCCUGUACAUCUGUCGCUGUGAUACCUCAGGCCAGGUCAAGAGUGCGGCCUUGGGUGUCUGGAAAGCGCUUGUCGCCUCCCCGAGAACGCUCAAGGACAUGGUUCCUACCCUGUCUCAGCUCAUCAUUCGCCGCCUCGGGUCCAGCAACAUGGAGCAAAAAGUCAUUGCCAGCAACGCUCUUGGAGACCUUAUAAAGAAGGCUGGAGAGUCUGUUCUCAACACUUUGCUGCCCUUGCUUCAAGAUGGUCUUCAGGCUUCGCCUGAUGUGGAGGUCAAACAAGGUAUCUGUAUCGCUCUCCGCGAGCUUAUCAAUGCCGCUUCCCCCGAUGCACUGGAGGACUUUGAGGAUAUUCUCAUCGCCACCGUACGCGUAGCUCUGGUCGACAACGACGAUGAUGUGCGAGAAGCUGCUGCUGAGGCCUUCGAUUCACUGCAGCAGGUCAUGGGCAAACGGGUCGUGGACCAGGUCCUGCCUUACCUUCUUCACUUGUUAAGAAACGACGAGGAGGCUGAGCAGGCGUUGUCGGCACUGUUGACGCUUCUCACGGAGCAGACUCGCGCCAAUAUUAUUCUUCCCAACCUCAUCCCCACAUUGCUCACGCCGCCAAUUACUGCUUUCAACGCCAGGGCCUUAGCAUCUCUAGCCGAAGUUGCUGGCUCUGCCAUGACAAGGAGACUGCCAGCUAUCCUCAACUCCCUUAUGGACGGUAUCAUCGACACUACCGACGAGGAGCUUCGAACAGAACUCAGCGCCGCCUUUGACACCGUCCUAGUGUCUGUAGACGAGUACGAUGGCCUGAGUGCCGCCAUGAAUGUAAUGGUCACUCUUGUCAAACACGACGAUCACCGUCGACGUGCUGCUGCGGCGCUCCAUCUGACCAAGUUCUUCGCGGAAGCCGAGCUCGACUUCUCGAGGUACUACCAGGACUUGAUCCGCGCCUUGCUGAUUUCGUUCGACGACCCAGACAAGGAUGUCGUCAAGUCUGCAUGGACUGCCCUCACCGGUCUCAUGUCUCACAUGCGCAAGGAAGAGAUGGAGAGCUUGGCUAUUCCCACCCGCCAGAUUCUGCGACAGGUGGGUGUGGCUGGCGCGGACUUGCCCGGCUUCAGUCUGCCCAAGGGCAUCAUGGCUAUCUUGCCGAUUUUCUUGCAAGGUCUUCUCAACGGUACUACCGAUCAGCGUACCCAAUCGGCUCUUGCAAUGUCGGAUAUUAUUGACCGGACUCGUGCCGAGUCAUUGAAGCCUUUCGUGACUCAGAUCACCGGCCCGCUCAUUCGUGUUGUGUCAGAACGUUCGGUCGAUAUCAAGUGCGCCAUCUUCUACACUCUUAACAAGCUUUUGGAGAAGAUCCCGUUGGCUGUCAAACCGUUCUUACCUCAACUCCAGCGUACAUUCGCUCGUGGUCUGGCCGACACAUCAAGCGAGACUCUGCGCAACCGGGCUGCCAAGGGUCUUGGUAUUUUGAUUACGCUGACCCCCAGAAUUGAUCCUCUUAUUGCUGAACUUAUUGCUGGAUCGAAGACCACUGACAUUGGUGUGAAGAACGCCAUGAUGAAGGCUCUCCAGGAGGUGGUUGGUAAGGCCGGUGCAAACAUGAGCGAGGCAUCUCGGCAAGCGAUCCUUGGUCUGAUUGACGAUGACGCUAGCGACCAGACCGAUUCCGUUUCCAUUACCAACGCUCGCCUGCUCGGUGCUCUCGUGAAGGUCCUCCCUGCCGCAAGCUCGGUUCCUCUCAUCAAGAACCGUAUUCUUACUGGCUCCCUUUCUCAUGCAGCGAUCCUAGGACUCAAUGCUCUGUUGGCUGAAUGCCCUGGGGUUCUGUCGGAACACUUCUCUGUGGAGCUUCCCACCGUCAUCUGCCAAGGUCUUGCAAACAAGGAUCCCUUCGUCUCCGACAACAGCGCUCUUGCCGCAGGCAAAUACCUCUUGUCCGACGAUGGCGACCAUGCUUUCGAGUCAAGCAAGGCCAUCUUCGAGGCCUUAGCAUCUGCCAUUCAGGUUGGCAACCCGGUCGACACCCGGCGGUUGAGCUUGGUAGUCAUCCGAACUGUCAGCCGUCUUCACCCCGAGCUGGCCCGUCCUCAUCUGGCUUUGCUCGCACCGCCCAUCUUCGCUAGUGUCCGUGAUCUGGUAAUCCCCGUCAAACUGGCCGCGGAAGCUGCAUUCUUGGCCAUAUUCUCUGUGGUUGAGUCUGAUAGUGAGGUGUUUGACAAGUAUAUGGCCGGUCCAGGUGCAUCUCUCCCACCAGGCCCCAAGCGCAGCAUGUCUGAUUACUUCAAGCGCAUUGCCGUUCGUUUGGCCAACCAGGCGCGUGAGCGUCGGGAGGCUGAAGGUGGUGAGGGUGGCUUGGGACUGUCGAAUGAUGAACUAGACGAUGAAAAGGAAUUGUGGAGCAUUGGCAAGGUUGACCUUGGAGAGGCCUUUGGCGAUGAUGCCCUCUCAAACUCUCACCGUCGGGAUUUCUCAGUGCCACGAACAUCAUCCGCCAACGACCGUCGAUACGCCGACAUCAAGAUGGUCAACCUUACCACCCAGAAGCGCCUCGCCGCCUCCGUGGUCGGCUGCGGCAAGCGCAAGAUUUGGCUCGACCCCAAUGAGAUGAACGAGAUCUCCAACGCCAACUCUCGCCAGACCAUCCGCAAGCUCGUCAGCGAUGGCCUGAUCAUCCGCAAGCCCGUCACCAUGCACUCCCGUGCCAGCGCCCGUGAACUCAACGAGGCCCGCCGAAAUGGCCGUCACCGCGGUCUGGGUAAGCGCAAGGGUACCAAGGAUGCCCGUAUGCCCAGCCAAGUCCUCUGGAUGCGCCGCAUGCGUGUUCUCCGUCGUCUGCUCGUCCGCUACCGCGCCGCCGGCAAGAUCGACAAGCACCUCUACCACGAGCUUUACCACCUGAGCAAGGGUAACACCUUCAAGCACAAGCGUGCCCUCGUCGAGCACAUCCAGAAGGCUAAGGCUGAGCGUGCACGCGACCGUGUCCUCAAGGAGGAGAUGGAUGCUAAGCGUGCCAAGAACAAGGCUCUCCGUGAGCGCCGGUUGGAGCGCAAGGAUGCCAAGCGCGAUGCUCUGAUCAACGAGGAGUAA